CGGACCGAGCUGCCCACCGGGGCUGCCUCCAGCCUGAGCCGCCGCUCCGCCGGAGGAGCCGCAGCCCCGGCCAGGGGAGGGGGGCGGUUCCCACGGGACAUUUAUAUAUAUUUUCCCCCCCUCCCCCCUUUUUUUAAUUUUUUUUUUUUCUUUUUUUUUUUUUUUUUUUUUUUUUUUUUAAUUUUCUUUUCUUUUCCGUUUGGUUUUCAUCCGUGGAUAACGCUCGAGAGGAGCUGGGGGGGUGGGGGGAGCCCGGUCCCGGCGGGAAGGAGGCGAUGGAAACGCCGCGGGACCAGCGCGCAGGGGCUCGGCACGCAGCGCGGAGCCGGCACCAUCCAACUCCCCUGCAGCGCAGGAUGAACCCGCUGGCGUCCUGCCUCGGCCUGUGGCUCCUCUGCCAGCUCCCAGCCCUGGCCUCGGGGACACGUGCCAUCUACAAAGUGCAGGAGGAACAACCCCCCAACAGCCUCAUAGGGAGCCUGGCCUCUGACUACGGCUUACCGGACAUGGGGCACCUCUACAAGCUGGAAGUGGGGGCCCCGUACCUCCGUGUGGAUGGCAAGACAGGGGACAUCUACACCACAGAGACCUCCAUCGACCGGGAGAACCUGCGGGAGUGCCAGCACCUCCUCCCUGGAGAGCCCUGCUUCCUGGAGUUCGAGGUGUCCAUCACUAACCUGAACGCCAACAGCAGCCCGCGCCUGCUCGAGGGGCAGAUCGAGGUGCUCGAUAUCAAUGACAACACCCCCAACUUCGCCUCGCCCGUCCUCACCCUCUCCAUCCCCGAAAACACCAACAUCGGGACGCUCUUCUCCAUCCCCCUGGCCAUGGACCGGGACUCAGGCCCCAAUGGCGUUGCCUCCUACGAGCUGAUGGCUGGUCCGGAGGCGCAGGAGCUCUUUGGGCUGCAGGUGGCCGAGGACCAGGAUGAGAAGCAGCCUCAGCUGAUCGUCAUGGGGAACCUGGACCGGGAGCAGUGGGACUCCUACGAUCUGACCAUCAAGGUGCAGGAUGGGGGAAACCCCCCGCGGGCAAGCAGUGCCCUGCUCCGCAUCACCAUCCUGGACAUGAACGACAACGCGCCCAAGUUCGAGAAGGCCCUGUACGAGGCAGAGCUCUCUGAAAACAGCCCAGUGGGGCACUCUGUCCUCCAGGUGAAAGCCAACGAUUCGGACCAGGGUUCCAAUGCCGAGAUCGACUACUCCUUCCACCAGGCCUCGGACAUGGUGCGGCGGCUGCUGCGCCUGGACCGCGCCACAGGGCUCAUCACCGUGCAGGGCCCCAUCGACCGUGAGGACAUUGGCACCCUCAAGUUCUCUGUCAUGGCCAAGGACAAGGGCGCCAACCCCAAGAGCGCCCGCACGCAGGUGGUGGUCACCAUCAAGGACAUGAAUGACAACGCACCCUCCAUAGAGAUUCGGGGCAUAGGAUUGGUCACCCACCAGGAUGGCAUGGCCAACAUCUCGGAGGACGUGCCAGUAGAGACAGCAGUGGCUCUGGUGCAGGUGUCCGACCGAGAUGAGGGUGAAAAUGCAGUGGUGACCUGCGUGGUGGCCGGUGACGUCCCAUUCCAGCUGCGCCAGGCCAGUGAGACAGGGAGUGACAGCAAGAAGAAAUACUUCCUGCAGACCACCACGCCGCUGGACUAUGAGUCGGUGAAGGAGUACACGAUUGAGAUUGUGGCCGUGGACUCAGGGAACCCGCCCCUCUCCAGCACCAACUCCUUGAAGGUGCAGGUGAUGGACGUGAAUGAUAAUGCCCCUGUCUUCAGCCAGAGCUUCACUGAGGUGGCCUUCCCUGAGAACAACGAGCCCGAUGAGCUGGUCAUGGAGGUGAGCGCCACUGAUGCUGACAGUGGCUCCAACGCUAAGCUGGUUUAUUCCCUGGUGACAGACCCCUCCUCCAAGGGCUCUUUCACCAUUGACCCUGACUCCGGGGAGAUCCGGGUGAAGGCGGUGCUGGACCGAGAGCAGCGAGAACGCUACGAGUUCUUGGUGGUGGCAGAAGAUAAGGGUAGCCCCAGCAAGCAGGGCACAGCGUCCGUGGCCAUCAACGUCAUGGACAGGAAUGACAACGACCCGAAGUUCAUGCUGAGCGGCUACAACUUCUCAGUGAUGGAGAACAUGCCGCCCCUCAGCCCCGUGGGCAUGGUGACGGUCAUCGAUGCUGACAAAGGAGAAAAUGCCCGGAUCCAGCUGUCAGUGGAGCAAGACAAUGGGGAUUUUGUCAUCCAAAAUGGCACUGGCACCAUCCUCUCCAGCAUCUCUUUCGACCGGGAGCAGCAGAGCACCUACACCUUCCGACUCAAGGCGGUGGAUGGUGGGGAUCCACCCAGGUCUGCCUAUGUGGGGGUGACCAUCAACGUCUUGGAUGAGAAUGACAAUGCCCCCUUCAUCACUUCCCCCUCCAAUGCCACCUACAAGCACAUCCUGCCCCACACCAGUCCCGGCCAGCAGGUGAGCAAGGUCAAGGCAGAGGACAUCGACUCAGGCAUCAAUGCCGAGCUGAUCUACAGCAUCACAGGAGGAAACCCCUUUGAGCUCUUCCAGAUCUCCCCGCAGAGCGGAGACAUCACCCUGGAGAAGGAGAUCCUGCGCAAGCACCAUGGCCUGCACCGCCUGGUUGUGCGUGUCAACGACAAGGGCAAGCCCUCGCGGCACGGCACGGCUCUGGUGCACUUCUACGUCAACGAGACGCUGGCCAACCGCACGCUGCUGGACACGCUGGUGGGGCACAGCCUGGACACCCCGCUGGACAUCGACAUCGCCGGUGACCCUGAGUACGAGCGCAGCAAACAGCGGAGCAACAUCCUCUUCGGAGUCAUCGCCGGCAUCGUGGCCGUCACCCUGGUCAUCGUGCUGGUGGUCCUGGUGCGCUACUGCCGGCAGCGUGAGGCCAAGAGUGGCUACCAGGCAGGCAAGAAGGAGACCAAGGACCUGUAUGCACCCAAGCAGGCCAGCAAGAGCGGGAAGAGCAAGAGCAAAGUGAAGAAGAGCAAGUCUCCCAAACCGCCCAAGCCCACAGAGGAUGAGGAGGAGACAGGGCUGCAGAAAUCGCUCAAGUUCAACCUCAUGAAUGACUCCGUCAGUGACAGCCCCCGGAUCCACCUGCCCCUGAACUACCCUCCGGGCAGCCCAGACCUGGGCCGCCACUACCGCUCCAACUCACCGCUGCCCUCCAUCCAGCUGCAGCCUCAGUCACCCUCCGCCUCCAAGAAGCACCAAGUGGUGCAGGACCUGCCGGCCACCAACACCUUUGUUGGCACCGGGGACAACAACUCGACGGGCUCCGAGCAAUACUCGGACUACAGCUACCGCACCAAUCCCCAGAAAUACACCAACAAGCAGUUACCUCAUCGCCGAGUGACGUUCUCUGCAGCCAGCCAGGCUCAGGACCUGCAGGACCCCUCCCAGCACAGCUACUACGACAGCGGGCUGGAGGAAUCUGAGACCCCCAGCAGCAAAUCUUCGUCGGGGCCCCGCAUCGGGCCCCUGGCCCUGCCCGAGGACCACUACGAGCGCACCACGCCUGAUGGCAGCAUCGGGGAGAUGGAGCACCCUGAGAACGAUCUCCGGCCUCUGCCCGACGUAGCCAUGACUGGGACCUGCACCCGGGAGUGCACAGAGUUCGGCCACUCCGACACCUGCUGGAUGCCCGGACAGUCCUCCCCCAGCCGCAGGCCCAAGAACGCCCUCAAACUCUCCACUUUUGUGCCUUACCAAGACAGAGGGAGUCAAGAGCAAGUCGGGAACGGCAGCCCCAGACUGUCGGAAGAGCGCAGCACCAAAAUGGCCAACCUCCGCCUGCUCCCCACGUACAGUGCCUUCUCCAAUAGUAGCCAUGAGCCCUGCAAGGACUCUCCCAUGGAGGAAAUUCCUCUCACCCAGACCUCGGACUUCCAGCCAGCCACCACCCCGUCGGCCCAGACCACCAAGAGGGAGAUCUACCUGUGAGGCUGGGCGUGGGGGGCAGGGAGCAGAGGCCAGAGGAACAUUUUCCACUUCGAUGAUGCUUUAUGGCUCCGGCCGCUUCUCCAGGCAGGGCGCUCUGCGGGGAGCAGGG